AUGAAACCUAAGCUCAUGUACCAGGAGCUGAAGGUGCCCGCUGAGGAACCUGCUACCGAGCUGCCGGUGAAUGAGAUAGAGGCAUGGAAAGCUGCCGAGAAGAAAGCCCGCUGGGUCCUGCUGGUCCUCAUCCUGGCUGUGGUGGGCUUCGGUGCCUUGAUGACUCAGCUGUUUCUAUGGGAAUACGGAGACUUGCACCUCUUCGGGCCCAACCAGCGCCCAGCUCCCUGCUAUGACCCCUGCCAAGCAGUGCUGGUGGAGAGCAUUCCCGAGGGUCUGGACUUCCCCAAUGCCUCCAUGAGCAACCCCUCCACCAGCCAGGCUUGGCUGGGCCUGCUCGCCAGUGCCCACAGCAGCCUGGACAUCGCCUCCUUCUACUGGACCCUCACCAACAAUGACACUCACACCCAGGAGCCCUCUGCCCAGCAGGGCGAGGAGGUCUUACGGCAGCUGCAGACCUUGGCACCCCGAGGUGUGAAGGUCCGUGUCACCGUGAGCAAGCCCAAUGGGCCCCAGCUACAGGCUGACCUACAGGCUCUGCUCCAGAGUGGUGCCCAGGUCCGCAUGGUGGACAUGCAGAAGCUGACCCAUGGUGUCCUGCAUACCAAGUUCUGGGUGGUGGACCAGACCCACUUCUACCUUGGCAGUGCCAACAUGGACUGGCGCUCCCUGACCCAGGUCAAGGAGCUGGGAGUGGUCAUGUACAACUGCAGCUGCCUGGCUCGAGACCUGACCAAGAUCUUCGAGGCUUACUGGUUCCUGGGCCAGGCAGGCAGCUCCAUCCCAUCCCCCUGGCCCCGAUCCUACGACACACGCUACAAUCAAGAGACGCCAAUGGAGAUCUGCCUCAACGGAACUCCCGCCCUGGCCUACUUGGCAAGUGCACCCCCACCGCUGUGUCCGAGUGGUCGCACCCCAGACCUGAAGGCUCUGCUCAAUGUGGUGGAUAGCGCCCGGAGUUUCAUCUACAUUGCUGUCAUGAACUACCUACCCACCAUGGAGUUCUCCCACCCGCGCAGGUUCUGGCCCGCUAUUGAUGACGGACUGAGGCGGGCUGCCUACGAGCGGGGCGUCAAGGUGCGCCUGCUGGUCAGCUGCUGGGGCCACUCGGAGCCCUCCAUGCGGGCCUUCCUGCUCUCCCUGGCUGCCCUGCGUGACAAUCACACCCACUCUGACAUCCAGGUGAAACUCUUUGUGGUCCCCGCGGACGAGGCCCAGGCCCGGAUCCCGUACGCUCGUGUCAACCACAACAAGUACAUGGUGACUGAACGUGGCACCUACAUCGGAACCUCCAACUGGUCUGGCAGCUACUUCACGGAGACAGCGGGCACCUCACUUCUGGUGACCCAGAAUGGGCACGGGGGCCUGCAGAGCCAGCUGGAGGCCGUGUUUGUGCGAGACUGGAACUCUCCUUACAGCCAUGAACUUGAUACUGCAGCCGACAGUGUGGGCAAUGCCUGCCGCCUGCUCUGA